UUGUGUUAGAUGAUUCUAUAAACUACGUUGCUCUGUGUCUAGAUUACUUUAGUAUCAAAAGUAUCAUUCGCAAAGCCGUGAAAUCAAUAAUUUAUCACAUGCUUGUAUUACUGCUCUUAGUCCAGGUAAUGUGGGUUAUCUCGAAACCGACGGACUCAAUUGAUUUUGUGAGAUCAAACAACGUAAUCGAGAAUGACGUGUCUAUAAAUGUGCCAGAAAAUACAGAUUUACAGUACCGAAUUGAAUAUGCAAAGUUAAUGAAAACAUUUAUGAAUGAAAGUGUGAAUCCGUGUGAUGAUUUUUAUGAGUAUGCUUGCGGAAAUUGGAAAAAUGUUAUUGAAGAACGGUACACGGAACACAAACGAAGCAAUGGUAGAGAUAUUAAGUAUAAAUUAAACGAUGCCGUAGAAAAGAUAUUAAAUGAUUCUGUUGAAAACUUAACAAACGAAUAUGCUAAUGAGUUUAAACUAGCCCAGCAGUUUUAUCAGUCGUGCUUAUCAGCAGAUUUAUACCCAACAACAAUGUCGCAAGUAUAUAUUGAUGUUAUCAAAUCGAUUGGGGGUUUUCCAGCUAUUGAUGAAACAUGGCAAUCAACCAAUUUUAGUUGGCUUAAUAUGAGUGCUCAUCUUACCAACUACGAUGUUGAUGGAUUAAUUAAGGAAGAUAUCCGUUCAUUAUAUCCAUUUCCACCCUAUUUCAAAAAACAAGAUUUAGGUUUUGAUUAUGUAGUUAACAGUGAUAAUAUAGCUUCAAAUACGACGCAAAGUUACAUAAGUAAUGAAAAGAGUAUUCGACACUACUUAAGUGUAUAUGGAGUAGAAGAGGGGAAGAUAUCACAAAUCGUAGAUGAAAUCUUUGAUUUUUGGCGAGCAAUAUUAAAACCAAUGGAUGAAUUUGAAGAGUCUGCUGAAGUAGAUGUAGAACCAUUUUGGAGAGAUUACUUUGAUAUAGCUUGGAUGGGUCAAAAAUUCAAUGAAUCCGUUACAAACUAUUAUCAUUUUUCUUCUCUUUAUAAUAAGUUGAACACCGUCUGCAAUGAACACAAAGAAGCUGCAGCGAAUUAUUUAGCACUCCAAUUUUUAUACGGAAUGGACGCUAAACUUAAAAAGAAGGAAUUUCAAAAGGAGUACUGUCUCAUUGAUAUACAGUAUACUUUUCGAUUUUUGAUCGAUAAAUUUUAUUUAGAGAAAUAUUUUAAUGAGGGAAUAAAAACUGAAGUUACGAAAUUAGUUAAAGAAAUACAGAAAAGUGUACGCCAACAAAUAGAACAAGCAGAAUGGUUAGAUGAAAAAACACGCACUGAAGCUUUAUUAAAAGAAUCCACAAUGCAAUCACAAAUUGGAAAAUUCGUGGACCCAGGUUUGUCUGAACGUCUCAUUCGCGAAAUAAAUAACCUAAAUUUUGAUCCAGACAAUUAUGAACAAAACAAUUUAAACUUAAAGAAAUUUAGAACAUUUAUGAACCGAUAUCUUGGUCUACAUAAUGAAGACAUUCAUAAUGAAACAAAGCCUCUUAUAUUUAUGAUAGGCAUGCAAGUCAAUGCUUUUUACUAUCAUAUCGACAAGUCUAUAUAUAUAAUGGCUGGUAUUUUACAUCCUCCAGUUUAUCAUAAAUCCUGGCCGAAUUCUUUGAAAUUCGGUACGUUAGGUAGUUUUGUGGGACAUGAAUUUACACACGGUUUCGUUUCAACGGGCGCAAACUACGAUAGCAAUGGUGAUAGACGCAAUUGGUGGACGGAAGAAACUGAAGAAGUAUUCAAUAAUCGAACAGAUUGUUAUGAACAACAUUUUAAUGACUACUUGAUACCAGAAAUAAAUCGCAAAAUUAACGGAUAUCUAAGCAAAAAUGAGAAUAUAGCAGAUAAUGGUGGACUUCGUGCCGCACUUAAUUCUUACCGCAAAUAUAUGAAGGAAUUGAAUAAGGAAGGUGAUCUGAUGACAACAUUUAAAGAUGAAGACAUGCCUGGUCUAAAUUUAUCACCAGAACAACUGUUCUUUGUAGGAUUUGCACAAUUGUAUUGUGCAUCGUAUAACGAAAAACACUAUUGGGAGGAACUAACCAACAGACACACUAUUGACAAAUAUAGAGUUUUGGGUACACUAAGUAAUAUGGAAGAUUUCUCUAAGGUUUAUGAGUGUCCUCUGGGUAGUAACAUGAAUAAGAAAGAAGAAAAAUGUAGAAUUUGGUAAAAUGUUUUCAAUAGAUUUGGUCAGCAGAAAAUUAAU